GCUUCUUAUCCAUCUCUUACAGGUUCCCUCUAUCAUACAGAGUUUAACAAUCAUCAGACAUUACAUCAUGGCGGCAAGAUUUCCUAAAGGAAACCAAGUUCAGCUUCGACCUCGAAAAGGUCAUGACAUGACAUGGUCAUGUGACAAGCAUGGUGGGCCAAUCGCAUUUUACUGUAAGAAACACGGAUUAUUCGUAUGUGAUCGAUGCGCUAUCAAAGAACAUUGCCAAAAACCAUGUGAGCUAGACGACAUUGAGGAUGUCAUCUUUGAGAGGAGAAAAAAACUGGAUGAGAAACGGCCAGAAAUACAGGAACUUCAGAAACAAAUGAAAGCCCUAGAUUUAAAAAUAAAGACAGCUUUAGCUUUCAGUGAUACUAAUCUACAGACAGUAAACAACAACAUUCAAGCAUCGUAUCACGACAAGAUCAAAUCUGUUGAGGAAAAGGAGGACAGAAUGAUUAGGGUGAUUAACGAGGAGGCAGAUGAGGAAAUAAGACUAGUAAAUGAGAAGAGAGAAAAACGGAUCAAGGACUGCAACACCGAGAGAGAAAAGGAGCGAAAAAUCAUCAAAGACAAGGAAGCAAAACUUCUAUCAGAUGCAAAGAAAAUUACCGAAAUUGUCUCUAAGAAGAUCAAAGAUCUAAUUAAUACGAGUCAGCAUGUCAUAAACACUAUUACGAAUAUUGAAUUGACCAUCACACGUAUAAACCAAGAUGAUGAAAUAUUGGUGAAUGAAGCUCCUCAAGUACUGGCAUCUAUUGAUGAAAAUUUAAGUUUGAAUGUUCAUCAAGAUGUUACUGACUGUCUUCACCAAAUAGAAAAUGCAAUCCAGGGAGUGAAGUUUGUAGAGGGGGAAGUAGGUGGAGAAUACUACGGUAGAAUUGAUGGGUAUAUCGGUAAAUGGGAACUUUUCAAGUCAAUCCACAUUCCAUUGGUUGUUAAUGACCUGGAAGUGCGUUAUUUCGUCAGUGAGGAUGAGAUCUGUGUGCAAGAUGUAGAUAACUAUAACAUGUAUAUUACAAACAUUUACACUCAACACACAGAGAAAGUCACUGAUGGAGGUGAGUGGAUUACAUCAUGUGCGCCCUUAGACAGUAACGUAAUAGUAUGUGGUAAGGAGAGAUGGGAUUGCACGGGUGACAGGUUGGAUGGAUGCAUCACUCUCUACGACAGACAAUGGAAGGUGAUUAGAGACAUCAGCAUAUCAAGGAUUGGAUACAAUAAAGCUCUGUAUGUUGAUGUUGACAGUGAUGGGAUGAUCAUCGCUGGUCAGUCCUAUCAGUCUAAUAUUUACGUCAUCAAUCCUGCUAAUGAUAAGAUAGUAAACACUAUUACGAUGCAGGGUAAGACGGUGUGGGGUGUGAUACAAGCCUUGUCAUCAGGUGAUAUCGUUGUGAACACAGGUAACAAUACAUAUACUGUCAUCUCACGAUCAGGAGAAGCGAAGGCUGUCAUACACUGUGAUGAGUGGGGAUCAUCACGCUGUCGCGUUGACAAACUGACAGACACACUCUACAUCGCAUACAGGGAUAAAGAGCGAAAUACCUACGCAGUUGAUCAGGUGUCAAGUGAUGGUAUCAUCCAGGCAAGGAGGAUCGUGGAAUACGUGCAAAUAGAUAGCACUGACUUCAUCAGCCCUUGUCUUGUUACUCCUUUUGGUAACCUUGUUGGAUGUGAUGGAGACAAAAUUCAUCUUUAUAAGAAAACAUUCACCCUUGAAAUCAUCAAGAAUCUGAACACAGUCUGUAGGCACAGACCCUGA